GAGGAGCGGCAGCUGCGCAGGCGUUGCUCGCACCCUGUUGAUUAGUCAGUGCUGGGAUGGCGCUUCCUGGGCCAGGCGCGGCGGCGGCGGGCGGCCCCAGCCGGUCCCGGGGGGCGGCGGGAGCAGCAGCAGCAGCAGCAGCAGCAGCAGCAGCAGCAGCGGCGGCGGCACCACCGGCAACAGCAAGAGCAGCAGCAGCCGGAGCAGCAGCAGCCGCAGGAGCCCGGCGGGCCUCCCCUUCUGCCUAGCCCGGCAUGUCCCGCGGCGGCCGGCGCUGAGCGAGGCGGGCUCCCUCCCUCCCUCCUUCCCCCUCCCCGCCGGCUGCAGCCCCGCCGGCGCUGCUGCCUGUCUGCCUCCCCUCCUUCCCUCCCUUCCCUCCCUCCCUCCCCGGGCCGGGAAGAUGGACCCCGGCCCGCCGCUGGGCUGCAGCCUCAAGGACGUGAAGUGGAGCGCGGUGGCCGUACCCCUGGACCUGCUCGUCAGCACCUACCGGCUCCCCCAGAUCGCCCGGCUGGACAGCGGAGAAACUGUAGAAGGCCUUCGAGAGAACGAUUACCUCCUGAUUCAUUCAUGUCGGCAGUGGACAACAAUUACAGCUCACAGUCUGGAGGAGGGUCACUACGUCAUAGGGCCAAAGAUAGAAAUCCCUGUACAUUAUGCAGGGCAGUUUAAGCUGCUGGAACAAGACCGAGAUAUUAAGGAGCCAGUGCAGUAUUUUAACAGUGUGGAGGAGGUGGCUAAAGCAUUUCCUGAACGAGUUUACGUCAUGGAGGAAAUAACAUUCAACGUUAAGGUGGCUUCAGGUGAAUGCAAUGAAGACACUGAGGUUUACAACAUUACCCUUAGUACUGGGGAUGAGCUCACUUUAAUGGGGCAAGCAGAAAUACUUUAUGCAAAAUCUUCUAAGGAGAAGUCACGACUCAACACCAUCUUUAAAAAAAUUGGGAAACUUAAUUCAAUUAGUAAGCUAGGCAGAGGCAAAAUGCCCUGCCUUAUCUGCAUGAACCACAGGACCAACGAAAGCAUCAGCCUCCCUUUCCAGUGUAAGGGCAAGUUUAGCACCCGCAGCCCGUUGGAGGUGCAGAUGCAAGAAGGUGAGCACACAAUUCGCAAUAUAGUAGAAAAAACCAGGCUGCCCGUUAAUGUGACUGUGCCAAGUCCCACACCAAGAAAUCCUUAUGACCUGCAUUUUAUCCGUGAAGGGCACAGGUACAAGUUUGUCAACAUUCAAACCAAGACUGUGGUGGUUUGUUGCGUGCUUCGUGGCAACAAAAUUAUUCCCAUGCAUUUUCCCUUGCACUUGACGCUUCCAAAAUUUACUCUACCUGACAGUCUGGUGAAGGGGGAGCUGUGGCACGAAUCCCUUAUUCAGCACUGGUUUAAUAUAUGCCAGGAACAGUUUGACAUAGAUGAGUAUUCCCGCGCCGUGCGAGAUGUGAAAACUGACUGGAACGAAGACUGCAAGAGCCCGAAGAAGAGCCGAUGCACCGGGCACAGCCACGUGCCGAACUCCCUCAGCUACGCACGGGACGAACUUACGCAGUCCUUCCACCGGCUUUCGGUGUGCGUCUAUGGAAACAACUUGCAUGGGAAUAGUGAAGUGAACCUCCACGGCUGCAGGGACUUGUGUAACGAGUGGGCCCUGUUCUCUCACGAUGCUCUUCAGUAUCAGGAGUCUGGUGACAGUAGCAGCGAUUACCUUUUUCCUGAAGUUAGCGAAGAAUCCAUGUAUCUGCCUACAAAACCAGAACUUCCUUACGAAGAGCUGUGGUUGGACCAAGGGUCUGGAAAGGCUGGUGACCAGCCUCUCACUCGCUCACUAAGUGAGAAGAACAAAUGUGACAACUACAGAGGGUCUUUCCGAUCAAAGUGUGGUACCGCAUCUCUUCCUGUGCCUGCGACUGUCGGAGCAACCACAAAGUCUUCAGAUGUUUCCCUACCUCCACCUCCAGUGCCUCCCAAAUCAGAAGCAGUAAGAGAGGAAUGCAGGCUCCUGAAUGCUCCCCCCGUCCCACCACGAAGUUCAAAGCCGUCAUCCACCAGUCCCUCCAUCCCUCCUCGUACAGUCAAACCUGCACGACAGCAGACCCGCUCUCCUAGCCCUACUCUGUCCUACUACUCUUCGGGACUGCACAACAUCAGUGUCACAGAGGGCGACAACACCAACCCAACUGAGAGCACACCUGCUUCCUGCUACCCUUGUAACAUGAUAAAAACCGAAUCCAAAGAGCCUGAGAGCACGAUGCCUCUGGGAAGCCCCUCAACUGAAGCUCUGCCUUCAAGGUUAUCUUGGCCAAACCAUUUUUCAGGCACUGCUGAAGGCCUGAAUAGGAGUGAUUUUCUGCUCGAUCCGAGCAGAAGCUACAGUUACCCCAGACAGAAGACUCCAGGUACGCCAAAGAGGAACUGUCCAGCACCUUUGACUUUUGACUUUGAUGGGUGUGAGCUCCCAGCGGGGUACUCCCCACUGACCCCAGCAGAGUUCACGAACACGAUCUCUAGCUGUCCAAAGUCGGCAAGUUACUCUCUAGACUGCACUGAUGAGAAGACUCUGGGAGACAGCAACACAAAGCAGAGCCAUUCAUGUCCUGCCUUACCUCCUCGGGCACCAAAGUCAAGUGAAGAAAAAACGGUUACAGACAUGUGUCCCUUGCCGCUGAAAAUAGAUGGCGCCGAGGAGGAGUCAAAAACUGGUUCUCCAGACCUCUUGGAAGACCAGUAUCUCGUCAAAAAGGGCACGCAGGAUACGUUCUCUGUGUCUUAUCCCUUCUCGUCUCCCCUGCACCUCCAGUUAGCGCCAAGGUCGUGCGGGGAUGGCUCUCCGUGGCAGCCACCCACAGACCUUUCUGGACUCUCUAUAGAGGAAGUGUCUAAAUCGCUGAGGUUUAUUGGUCUGUCAGAAGAUGUCAUAUCAUUUUUUGUUACAGAGAAAAUUGAUGGUAAUUUACUGGUUCAGCUUACAGAAGAAAUCCUGUCAGAGGACUUUAAGCUAAGCAAAUUGCAGGUUAAGAAAAUACUACAGUUCAUUAAUGGCUGGCGGCCUAAGAUGUGAUGCCGACUAGUUAUUAAUGAAACUGUAUGAGAUGUGCUCAAUGCACUUCAGCUAAUACAUCACUUCCUGUUUUUUGCACUAAAAGCCCUUCCUGUAAAUAGUAGUAGAAAAAUUCUUACUAUGCAGAUAAACGUUUUUUGAGUGGUGAAUGGAUUUUUUUUUUUAAUGUCAAUAAUAAAGGUAGAGAAUCUGCAGAGGUGUGCCUUGUGCAUCCCUGAACGUUCAACAGCUGCUAAAAACUGGACACUAGGGGAACUUUUACUCCGUAGUCUGUUAAGACUUAGUCAUAUUUAUUACUGAACAAUUUGAUGCUGAAAGACACACACCAAUCCAGUUUACAGUUUUGUGUUAACUGCAAAAAAAAAAUGUAUUUCUUACGGGAUUAUUUCUGUUCAAAUAAUAUUUGGCAACAUGCUGUGACUUUCUUCCGUUUCUGUUAACAAAAAGCAUGUUCAGAUAUAUGAAAACAUUGUUUUGACACUACAUCUGAAAAUGUUAAGAAUUGCUGUGAAGUGCCACUAAUACACUAUUCUUGCAGCAUAUUUUUAUUAACAGUAUCUUCUUGACUACCUGUAAUGUGGGUACAUUUUCCAUGUUACUUUGAGCAAAAAGAGUUAACUGUUUUUAAAACAAGAGUCUUGCUUAGUUCAUUGCCCAGAGGGAAGGGAGAAGGGGGAUUUUCCUACUGAGCCACUCUGCCCUGGUCAAUUAAAAGUUUAUGACCUGUAGAUUUCAAAAGUUUCUUUUGUAGUCGGAUGGCUGGAGUAAGUAGCAUGACUUCUGGUCGUGCGGCUUUCUCAUGGGAAAGGCAGUUCCGUGCACAGACUUUCUCAGCAGAUCCAGCCUGCCGCAGUAGCCUGCUAGCACAGCCCUUGCAAUAGCCUUCCCCUGGCGAAAGGCAACCCCUUAGAUUUCCUCUGCUAUUUCAGCUGAAAAUGCGGUCAAUGUGCUCUUCUAUUGCGGCAGUUGGAUCUGUUUGGGAAGGCAGUAGUACUCCUGUAGGAUGCCUUUGAAAUAAAGCAUUAGUGAGGUUGGCACAGAAACAGCACAUGGCAUGCUGGUAAGAAGGGGCCAAGUGAGGGUUUUGGCCACACCUUGGGAAAUGCGCUGAUGUUUAAGUUCACCUGUCUUGUUUGCAGUGGGCUAGGAGGAUGUGGGUGUCAAAGAGGGAGGGACUGUAGCAUCAUAAGAUGUGCUAAUUCAGUUGCCCAGCUGCAAAACCUCACUGCAAUAGAUGUCACGUGGAAGUAGCAGUCAAAAGGGAGCGUAGAGAUGGGAAGGGGGCAUUAGGCUGCCCCUGGACACCUUUCAAAUUUAACUGCUCAGAAGGCUAGAAGUAGGAUUAACUUCUGCUAGUCUGUUGCCAAUAUCCUGUGCUUGGCAGAGCUCUCCAAAAUGUGUCUGAAUAACCCCAGGAUCCUCUGUUUUUGUAGUACUGAAUGGAAGGAUUUGUGGAGUUCCACAGGAAACAGUCUGUGAUGUCUGUCCAUCCUCAGCAACCAUGUGUGCCCACGAUCCUCAGGUGGUCAGAGCCAGGGGUGCUGGAGCAGCUUCACGUUCACCUGCUGCUGAACAGAGCCCUGGCAAGGGUGACACCGUACCUGCCUUUCUCACCUUUUUGAAGUACAGAAAAAUCUCUCUUUUUCCAUUGUAGGGCAUGUAGUGGGAGCAUCGAGGAAAUACAGAGGAGGGACAAAAGUGAGAGGCUGCUUUUGCCUGUUUUCUCAAGCAUAUUGACUCAUUAGAAAGAAUUUACUUGCAAAUGGAGUUUUCUGCUGCCCUGGCAAAUUUCAUGUCAUGUCCCCCUGCUGAAGCCAAGAUCCAUCAUUUGUCAUGCAAUAAUGCAAACCACCGGUUCCCAACUAGAGAGCAAAGCCCAAUUGAUGUGGGCACUAGAAAGCAGUGAGCCAAAAAAUAUCCCAAUAGAAAAACCCCAAGAGUUCAUAAUCCUACUCUUUUUCUUAAUGUAUCGACUUUUAGCAACAGAUCAAUAGCUUUCUCCGGAUGCAUUUUAAUUAGCAUCCUAUUUUAGCUGCAAGAAAGACUAAAUCGAAUCAAGUACUGUGCAGAUGUGUAUGCUUGUUGGUAGGCAUGUGGAAGUUGAAGUCAAUUGCAUUUUAACCCUCGCUAUGUCAAAUGGGCUUUCAAAUUUGAAAGGGACAAAUUUUAAAUGUCAGGUACUUUUCUUUGUUUUGCUUGGCUUGUUAAUUCCAGGUGAAAAAAGUAAAACCUCUCAAAAAAAGGAGAUGGCAGUCUUUAAAGAAAUUAAAUAUUUUGAAUGCCCCCAGGAUAACAACAUCCCUGAGAAAAUAGUGGUGUUUGACUAUGGAUGGAUACCUAUUCUGUUAUCUCUGCUUACCUGCUUGGAAUAUUUUUUCUUGCAAGCAGCCUGGUGAAAUUUGCAUUCAUGAUUGUGCUGCAUUAAUGUCACGUAUGCUUAGACCAAAACACAACUUUUUGGAGGCACUCUGCUAAAAUAGGCCAAACCUAACCUUGCACUUCUUUCCUCAGAUUAAAUAAACGUAAGGCCUCUGGUGCUUAUGUAGUUAUCAGUGUCUGACUUGUGUGUUAUCCUCGGGGUUUUUCUUUGCUUGGGAGUUUUGGUAGAAAAAAAAAUCUGGUAUGUCAUUCUGUAUGGAGCUGUCUCUUUGUUCUACACCGGGAAACACAUCCUUUCUAUGCAACAGUCGUGUGGUAGUGCAGGGACUGAUGCUGCCUUCAGCAUCGAAACCUGGAUUUUAACAUGGGGGCUUUUCUGGAAGUGGACACAACUGGCCAGGGGAGGGAUGGGGAGGAAACUUGAGGGGAAGUGCUGGUUUUCUUUAAAUGCUCAUGCCUACGAUUGAGAUUCUUUGUCUUGCUGCCUGGCUGGCUGUAUUGAAAUCAACUCAAAGUGCAUAUUUGCGUUCUUAUUCUUGCCAUAUUGUAAAAAUUGCCUAUGGCUAGAAACUUAGAGACAGAAAACAUUUGGUGCAUCCAAAAUUAGAAGGAAAAUGUAUUUUGAAGUUUUCUUUGCAGCUAGAAGCAAGGGUUUGAAAUAACUGUAUAUUACAUAGGGCUUUUUCCAAUACAACAGUUCUACUUGCCACUUUAACUGACUUUAUUCCACAACAACAGCUUCAAGAGAAUCAACAUAAAUAACGACGCCGUCUCAAAAACCAUCAUGUUUUAAAUCUGUCUAUAAAUACUUGAAGUGUUUUCUCCUAUGUUUUCUUCCUGAAUCAACUGCUUGAUUGUCUCCCCCGCUAAAUAAAGUGUGCUGGCACCGGUUACUUGCGUGCUGCCCAGCGGGGUGCCUGCCUGCACUGCAGGUCAGCAAAGUCCUGCCUGCAGGCCAGGCAGGGGCUACACCAGGCUACUUAAAAGCCAAACACCAGCCCUAUGUGAAAGGACGAGGGCUCAGCCCAGCUCUCCUGGCUCCUCUUUUUGAUGCUCUGAAAUUGCAGCAUUCCUGUGUACGUGGUAGAAGGUACGAAUGAAAUCAUAAGAGGUGAGGGAUCAUCCAUUUUAUUUUACUAGGGAUGGCAGGGCAGUAGGAAAACAGGCCCCUUGUUGAGACCUAGCAAUAAAUGACUCUUCAUUUGUACGUCUUAAACUCGUAACAGUCCGGGAGUUGUUCAGACUUUACCGUUUCUGUGCAUAAUAACCAAAUUUUCAGCGUGAAAAUCUGCAGAGUGAUUCUCUUGGCUUGGACAAUCUUCUGAAUUAUAUUAAAAAGAUCUGUUAGUUCUUAGCUCUUUAGAUUUACUUUGGGUAGGUCAAAAAAGUAACACUUGGGAAAAAAAGAGAAAGCCCCAGAACUUUGGCUUAGUAUAUUUCCGUUAUAAAAUGAAGCAUGGUUUUUGUGGAAUUCUGUGCUGUUUUGGGCUUUUGUGUAAAAGGCUGAAGGCAGAUUAUUAUUUAAACCAGGUGCAAAUAAAUAUUCCUGUAAUGUAUAUGAACAAAUUAAAACCGUGUAUUGUAAGUAUGUAAACUGUAUAUUAAAGACACUAUUUUCAUGAUA